AGUGAUACAAGAUUCUUAUGUGAAAUGUAGCAGUAAUAUACGUUCAAAAUGAGGUUGGAAUCCAAAGUUUGCUGUUUGCGGGUUUUGUCUGCUGUUUGUAUAUCAUUAAUUUGGCUGAUAGGAGCAGCCAUCCUAGGCUUUUCUCUGUGGUUUUUGUUGGACAUUUGGAUUAAACAGUAUGUACAAGCUGCAGUCGAACUUCAGGAUUAUCGUAUCUAUGUGUACCUGUUCAUCGCGGGGGGCAGCUUCAUCCUCUUGUUUGGGGUGAUUGGCAUGAUAGGUGCUGUCAAACCAAAUAUUGUGUGUCUUGUUGUGUUUCUAAUCUUUUCCGUGCUGUUAUUUUUGCUGCUGGUAGUCAGUGUUGUAUUGGGCUACUUUUACAGAGUAGAGUUGGAAGAUACGAUACAGAAAUCUCAGUUAUUGACAACUGUAGUGAAAACCCAGUAUGGAAAGGACAAUGUCAUCACCAGCGCAAUAGACUACAUGCAGGUUGAGCUGCAUUGCUGUGGUGGUGUGAACUUUGAGGACUACAAAGGAUCAGACUGGGCCACUGUCAUCGGUAACACAGAUGCUAAUGUGGAGGCUAACAGUAAGAACACAGCUCCGCUGAGCUGCUGUAGCAGUUACUGGUACAUAAAGGCCUCCACAUCACCAGACAGCAAGUACUGCAACAUGUACAAGAGCAGUGACCACUCUAAUCAGCGUAACGAUCCAACUGAGGAGAUUAACAAAAAAGGUUGUGGUAAAGCCAUUGUGGAUUUUCUUAAGGAACAGUUCUUCAUUAUAUGUGCAGUGGGCAUAUCUAUAGUAUCAGUUGUGUUUUUAACCAUUAUUUUCCUCUCCCUUCUGAUCCACUAUCUGCGACGAGACCCUCCAAUGUCUAUGACCGAUGACGUCGUUUACGAGAUGGCACGAUGCCAGGAGAAAUCUCCGUACCCCACACGGGGUCAAGGUGGACCGUACGCAAAUCUAUAUAACAACUAACUCAGGACAUUAUCAUCAACAUGGAAACUACAGCUUUACACCAUUACAGGUCAUUGGCUGUCAACUUAUUUCAUUAUUGCACUGCGUGAUCUAGAAUUGUCUCCCUUCUCAAAUUUUCAUCAUACGGAGAUAAAUUUAUAUAGCAUAGCAUAUCAAAUUCAUUGAACUAAAUACAUGAUGGAUUCACAGACGCUGUUGUCUAGACCAUAGAAAAGUAAGCUGUCAAACUGUCAUAAUAUCAUUUCAUUAGUCAUUUGGUGGAUUAAGUCCAGACACGCAGUGCAUGGGAACGUGGUGUAGGAAAAGAAAAGGCACUCUAAACAUUAUCAUGAUGUCGUUGUUCUUCGAGCUUUGAGAAGCUCAUUCAACAGUAAAAUGUAUUGCUAAGGAGGCCCUAAGGACCUGAAAAAAGAAGCAUGUCGCAGGCCUUAGUCAUUUAUCCAUUGAAACUCAUUAGACAUUUUAUAUCAAAACUUGUUCAUAUGCCUCCACAGAAAAGUGAAGGUGCUUAACAUAUGGUCUAAGUAUUCAGAGCUACAUCAGAUGUCUUAUAAAACAUAUUAAUUUAAAGAUAUUGCAAGAGGUGUAGAAAAGCAAGUUUUGGUGGUUUCAUGAAUGAAGGAAGUCUGCAGGCCCUGCAAGAACAUGAUUUACUGCUGUAGAUUAAAACAUAUAAAAACAAAUAUGAAAAGUAAUUGAUUUAACACUCAUUUUAUCAAAUGAAGUGUAGUUAUAGUCUACAAACAAUUUCUUUCUUAGAUUCUCAUUUAGCUUUUAAUGCUCUGAUUGAUAGAAGUAUUUUCACUGGAAGAUUAAUGCAGUGUUUAUAGUAUUAAACUUAAAUCAGUUGUAUGGUAAGGAAUAUCUGCUUUGGAGUUAACGUGACUGAUUAAACAUCAAGUUGAUUAAAUUGUCAUACUGCCGAUAAAGAUGAUGAGGAAGCUGAACCUGGCAACAGUGGAAACCAUUUACACAUCGUUUCUGAACAGUUCAUCUUAUUGUCAUAUUAUUAGCAAUGUUAGCAUCUUUGUUCAUCUGAAUCAGAGGAACAUGUCAGGUUAAAAUUGAUGUUUAUAUUUUUUUUAAUGUUGAAAAAAUUAAGACUGUUGAGAAAAUGAAAUGAUUUUAAUGAAGAAAAAAAGCUAAAUGCUGGUUUUAAGAUCUGAGAUAUUAUUUUACAAUGACAUGGAUUGUCAAGUAGACAGAUUUCUUGUUGACCUACAUAUUCAUUGUUGUACACAAGGUGUAAUCCUGUUAUUCUAAUUCAGUGUUAAUUACAGUACCUACUAAUUAAUAACAUUUUAUAAUAUCAGAUGUUUGGAUCGUAAGAUAACUUUAUAAUAAUUAAUAUCUGACUUUUAUUUGAUAUUGUUGAUGUUUUCUCUGUGGUACCCAGAUAUUCCUAUACUUUCAUCACUACGCCCUGAUCAUGUAUAUGAUGCAAUGCUUUCACCAAUUAUUCAUUUUUAACAUAUUAUCUGAAGUUAUCUCCCCUUGACGUCAUUCCUACAUAUAUCACCGAAUCUGUCAGCCCUUUCGUACGGUUUUGUGUGGACAAGUGAUCUUCAUUUCGACAAGACAUACUGGUACAAAUGUUCAAUAGUAGUAAGUUGGUUGUAUGUCUAUUGUAUAUCGAUUGUCGUACAUCAACUUUUUGUACUAGUUAGCCCAUUUUCUAUCUGCAUUUUAGGCCUGUUUAUAAACACAUGUGUAAAUAAGCUAUGUCUGAAAUGCUGUCCAGUCUCAUUGCAGUGCAGUAAGCAACAUGAGUGUACCACUUGUGGAGUACAUUUUGAGUGAAAUGAAGGAAAAUUGAAAAUUGAUUUGUUUGGAUUUGAGAAGAUUUAGAAAAUAUUUACAAUUCAGAACAUCUGAAGUAAUCACUGAAAUGGAAACUGCAACCUUGAUGUGUUUGUAUGUGGUCACUUUACACAUCAGAUGCAACACUUGUAUCCAGAUCAUGUGCACACCUACUGUGAAAGAGGACAUCUGAUUAAUAAAUUAAUAAAUAGAUACUGCUAUGAUGAGAUUACAGAGAAGUGUUGGACAGGUGUUGACAAAAUUUAGGUAAUUUACUGUAAAUAAGUCAAGAUGUGUACAGGUACAUAGCUAGGUGUACCAGUAAACGUGUACAUGUACAUAGGUAUACGCCUGCUGUAGUUAUAGGUACAGCUACAUAUACAGCAGAUGUAUACUUAUAUGCUUACAUAGAUAAGUAUGGUAAGUAAGGUUUGUAAAGAAUACUGGUAUAUACACUAAGUAUACACAUAUUCACAACUAUCAAAUCGGCACUUGAUUUGCUCAACCAAGAUCAGACUACUGUAUGUAGUAUCAUGUGUGAAAAUUUUAUAAGAUGUUUAUUUUGGGUGCUGUUAACAGAACUCUUCAUUCCCAGAUCAUAUGUAUAUUAUUAUUUUUUUUUAUGACUAAUACUUUUUUAUGAAUACUUGGCCUUGUUGUCUAAAGGAAUUUAUACACAGAACACCUUAUAGAUCCAUAAUGCGAUCACUCCUCUGCCUGAAUCUGGAAUUUUAUAGAAAACAAAAUAUAUUUCCUUGUUAUUUUAACAAAAUUCUGUUGUGAUCAGUUAUGUGUCUGUAUGAACUUCCAUGUUUUCAUGUAAAAAAAUCAUCAGAUUCUGUUUUAUCUUUGAAGAAAGGUCAUACAAGUUUUCAGACAUGUUCAAUAUGUUUUGACAAAGUUAGUUGAUAGUUGUGCUAUUGUCGUCAUUGUGUACUUUCUGUGCCUGCAAGUAAAUAGCAUGCUAAUGCAGAUUGAAGAACUUUUCAUUUUCUAACAGAAUUGGGCUGAAUUAUAACCAUUUUAUUUGUAUAUCCGAGAGUUAGAUAAUGUUCCACACUUUUCUUGGUAGUACUGAGUGGCAUUACGGUGAGAAUACUGUACAGGUUGACACACCACUGAACUGCUGGACCAUACAAUCAUUGACCCCUUACUCUAGGAAUUAUCUAAUGGAUCUUGACUUUCUAGUAUUCUACUAAAAUUCUGAAGGUGUUCUGAGAAUCCAGAGGUGGUUAUAGUUUGAAAUGGGGAGGGGUCAACUCAUUUAAAGAACUUUUAUCAGAGCUUGAGUGAUAGAAAUUUAUAGCUGAUUUGAAAUAAGAAUUCAAAGUGAAAUUCAUGUGUGCGAAAUAUAAGAAAUCACCAAUUAAGUGAAAUCCUCUAGUUGAAGAAUGGGUUGUUCAUGCUUUAAUGACAACUGGGCUAUAUCAGGAUAGCAUAUGAAAUUACUUUAAUACUACCAUUUUUUGUGACAGGGCUGAUGUAGAUACAAGUGGUAUGUUUGUUAGAUAGUAGUGUGCCAUUCCAUCUUGUUCGUGGAAAUUUUUUGUACAUGGAAUUUCUUUUUGUAGGUAAAUGAAUGUAGCAUUUUCAUCUCGCAUAGUUUUGUACUGUUUACUUUCAAUAUUUUGGAUGAAAAGCAUUAAGAAUGCAUUGUGUUUUGUAUAGUUUUUUAAGAUUUUUAAGAAUUGCACGUUUUCUGAUAACUUACUACUCGGAAAUGUAUAUUGCAGUUAUACCCUAGUUGUAUUAUAUAUGUGAACUAAAUUCCCAUUUUGUUUUUAACCUACUUAUUUUUGUCUGAUGAGAAUAACAAUAUUUGUAGGUUCCGAGGUUGUAUAUCAAAAACAAUAAUUUAAUAAUUUAUGGUAGUACAUGUAGUAAGCAAAAAGCAUACCAUUAGAGAAACUAGUUAAGUAUUAAGUUAAGUUAUAUGAAUAUCAAUACCUGUAAAACUGAAAUUGAAAGUUUUGGGGGAAUGUUGCAAUAACAAGUUUACACAAAAUGUCAGACAAUUUCUGUAGUAAUAUCCAAAAUUUGGCUUGGUGAAGUGUGUAUUCAUGUAGAUGUCAAAACUUUUAUAGUAUAUCUAUAUUUGUCAUUUAAGAAAUUGAAACGGACAUUAUUCUCAAAGUUUAAUUUCAGAGAAUGGUGAUUUCUGAAUGAAAAAUUCACAAAAUUUUCAAAAAAUGAAAACAACUUUGCAGUACUUCUUACUACAUAUUUCACAUUUAAAGUGAAAAUAUUCAUGGUUAGUGUGUAUCAGUGUUAUACUCUGCUGUACCGUUAUACUCUGUAAUAUUUUGUGUACCCACUUCAUACAUCAUGUCAAGUAGUUACGUAUUUAGGUUCUGUUUAAAUGUCAAAAGGAAACUUCAAUCCUUAUCAGAAUCUGUUCUAUACAGUCACAAUACAGGUUGUAAUCUAUGUCCUUGUAAGAUUAUUCUGAUGUAUCUAUGGUACCCACUUGUAAUACAUUAUAUAUAUGGUAUGUUACUGCAAACUUGGGGAGCGAUUGAAAUCUCUUAAUCAAUAUAGUAGAUAUGUAUUUUGGAUUUUAUUACAUAAAUUGUGUGACGGAUAUAGAUGUCAGUACUUUACAUCUUGGAUGGUUGUUAGAUCAGUUUAAUCGAUUUAGAAGGGUUGUAAACUUUAUACUUUAUUGUUGGUUUUAUCAUAAAUAUUGUUCAUAGAAAACAGAAAAUCCAUUUCACAGAGAUGCUUGACUUUUAUUUGAAGUCUUGGCUUCUUGGUUAAUUUUAUAAUUUAGUGUGUUAGAAGAUUUUCUGUGUUUUGUCUUCAUUUUUAGAUAAAAAUGUAUGCUAUACAUGUUUUUAAGAUAUGGAUAUACAUUUUUUAAGGCAACAGUUUUGAAGUUAAUAUUCAUGCUAUCAUCAUCAUUUAAUGUUAAUUUUAAUUUGUAUAUAUACUUUCCUUCCCAUAAAAGAUGUGAAAAUAUAUUUUAAGUGUUUUACUUGAUUCUUAAAUAAAUCAUGUUUAACAUUGUUGAUAUCCUUCCUAAUUUUUAUGUUGAUUUAAUGUGAAGUGUGCAUUAAUGUCAGGUUGGAGAUGUUGAAACAUAUGUCGUUAUGUUUUCAGUCAUUGUUUAGUCCCAAUUUGUUUCAAACAUUUGUAAGAUUUCAGCAGAUGACUUUAUUUAUUCAAAGAUACCAAUAAGUUAUGAUAUAGAACAAUAUUUCAUCGUUAUCAGUAGGUUUGCUGCUAAUUAUUUUAAAAUAAUAAAUAUAAAGAGUUUUCAAUAAUAAUUAUUUUGAAAAAUUAACUGACAUGAGUUGUGUUCAAUUGAUUUACGUAAAUUAUAUACAUUUGAUUACAUGAAAAUCAACAUUUCAGAUAACGUUUUGCAUAACUGUCAUAAAAAUAAUCCUGUUUUAAAUAAAUUUAGUUUCUAUUUUUUAAAUUCUGACAUUUUCUUAACCCAGAAUCACAGAGUAUUGUUGAUAUUGGUUAGGUGAAAAGCUUAAUCAUAUUCUGCAAAGCCAGCUUUAUUGACUUAACAUGCAUGGCUUAUAACCAAUCGUCAACAAGCCCCUGUGUCAGAACGCUUAAAGUGUAAAUUAAUAUGCGUUUGUCGUACAUGUAUCAGGUUGUCUGCUUUAUGUGUGGAUGUUUUCAACUUUGAUAAAACAAAUAUAGUAUUUUUACAAUUUGUAUGGAUAUUAAAUUUCCAUGUGUUGUCAGUAUACAUAAUAAAUGUGAAAUUGAUUAAAAAGUAAA